AGAUCUGACCCCUUGAUUUUAAGAGGAGUCCGAUCUAAAAAAUAAAAUUAAAAUCCUGUUUUUUUUUUUUUUUGCUUUUUUAAUUGGGUUAUAUUAUCUACGUACGGUUCUUCAAAAUUCCCUUUGUAUAUACAUUAAAAAAUAAACACACACAUUAAUUAUAUGCUCAACGGCCUACCCGGCAGAGACCAGUUUCCAUCGGGAGAAAUUAUUGGGUACUCCUGGAGUACCACGUCACCCAGUCUACGUGGUACUCCCGACCACUAAUUGCCGGCCAUCUGUCAAGUUUAUUAUUAAUAUUGAUUAGUGUUGAUAUUUAGCAUAUUUUAUUUGCUUUUAUUUCUCUUCCGGUCUUCGGUCUUCCAUCUUCUCUUCUUCCUUCCUGCCAAAAUAAGAAGUCUUUGUCUUCUUUCCAUACUAAGUUUUAACAGUAUCUCUCCUACCCCAUUUUCUUUCUCUUUCUUUUCUAGCAAAAAGAAGCUCUAUUUUAUUUUUAUCUCAGUCGAGCUUGAUUGCUCCAGCUUCCAGUCCAAAUCCGUUCCAGAUUUAGUUCUUAAGCAAUUCGAGUUUCUGGGAUUUUUAGCUAGUUUUCAGAUUACGUGUUUCCAAAAAAUUGUAGGUACUAGAACAGGAGAAGUUCAUAACUUUCUUGGAGACGAUUCUUAUUUUGGAAUCAGCUAGUGAAAGCUCUAGGUUGAGUUUUAAUUCUAAACUGGAUUAGUAGUGCGGGUCUUAAUCUCGCUGGAAAUCUAGAGUUGAGUUGAUUAAUCUAGUUCCAGAGCUUCGAUUAAUUAAUCUCACUAUGUAGCCUCUGUUUUUCAAUCCUGUUAACAAGCAAACAUGUCUUUCAAAAACUUCCUGAGAAAUCCACAGUGCCUAUCAUACACUUCUGGGCACUUUGAAGCUUUGAUUGUUUUCUUAUGUUUUUUCCCAAGACCUCCGGUUGAUGAAGAUGGGUUGUUUACGGGGAAAGAGAAAAGGAAAUAAGAAAGAGAGUUGUUUCCAUUCAGAAAAAGAGAGAGGCGCCAUUAAGGCAUUAAUUAUGGGAAACAAUUAAAAGAGGAAAGAGAAAGUAAAUGGUAAAAAAUGGAAUAAAUAUAAGUAGUUAUCAAUAAUGACGCUGAACAUGUCAGAUGGCCGGCAAUUAGUGAUCGGGAGUACCACGUAGACAGGGUGACUUGGUACUCCGGGAGUACCCAAUAAUUUCUCUUCCAUCGGACCGAUCAUCCAAAUGCGUUGGCCCUUCCGCUGCAGCUAAUUACCCUGCAAGCAUAUAAUUGCCGACCUUAAACAGCAUAAUAAAGACCACUAAAUUAGCACCAUCCCUAAUUAACCAACUGUUUUUCAACCAAGAGUACAUUGACCAUUUUAGUAAUUGUUUAAUCCCAAAAAAUAACGACGACAAAAUGACAAGAGUUGUAUACGUAACGGAUCUCCUAACUAACUCCACGAGCACUCAAUUCGUACUAUAUAUACCAGCAAGCAACUAUCAUAUCAGUUCCAAGAAAUAUCAGAAGAAGAAGAAAAAAAAAGAGUAGCCAUGGCGAUUCCCAGUAUUACCGUUGCUAAGUUGGCCGUCUUGCUCCUGCUAAGUUGGCUAGGUUAGAACAAACUUAUUAUACACACAUGCAGAGACAUAUUGAUGGUGAACUAAUGGUAUUAAUUAUUAUAUUGAUUUUGCAUGCAAGGCGGUUUUCCGGCAAGCGCAUCGAGAGCGCCGGUAGUAACUACUACUACUUCCACCAGUCCACAGUCGACGGCCGGCGGGAAUAUUAUUAUUGGUGAUGCUGAUCGGAUGGCUUCAGCUGUUAACAACGCCUCCAUCGGCGGGACUGAAAGCGUGGUGAUGACGCCUCAAGCAUACAACAACAGUACGGGUUUGGUACAAGAUUGGUGCAACAUGUUUUGCAAUAAAAAGGCGUGUAAGAACUAUAAAUCGUAUCUAUGCGACGACCAACCUCCUUCCUGUUAUCCGACUUGCUAUUGUCCGACCAAUUCGUGUUUCUGCUUCUGUCCGAGAUAAAAACAUUUUUUCUUUCUUUGUUUGGUUGGAGGAGGUGCAUAUGACUGCUUUGUUUUCUUCUUCUUCAUGGACGAGCGCGUCUUUCCCAUUUGUUGUGCUCUUUCAUUGCAUGUCUUUGGUGAUUCGAGUUGCUUUUCUAUUUACCUAAGUGUUCUCCGGGCAAGUUUCCUUCCUAGUGAUGAGUUGGGAUUGCUUUGUAUGAGAAUUUUUUUUUUUACUUUUUUUUUCAAAAACAAAAUAAAUGAUUUAUCGAUUUGUCAUCCAAUAUUUGUACUAUGAUAUGCGACGGAGCUAGGAUUAUAAGUUAGGAGGGGCCAAUUUUUCUCUUACACUAAGUAAAUUCAACAAAAAAUCAACUUUUAAAAUUAAAUAAAAUUUCAGACAUAUUUAUGGAGCAGACGAUUCGAAUUAACUCAUUUCAAAUUACACAUUUUGUAAAAUGAGACAAUUGGUCCAUUUUUUAGUUGUUCCAUCCAAAUGACCCCUAAAACAUAGGUGAAUUAGUUAGGGAGACAACCUACAACUAAGAAAAUGGGAUGAAAAACAGCAUCCAAGGGGAUUCCAACCCCUAUGCUAAUCUUUGAAAUUGCAAAAAACUAUAGCAAAGCCAAUACACCACAGCCAUCUCUUAUUCUUACGUGCACCAAAGCUAUAUAUAUAUUUACAAUUUUAAGGGGGCCAUGGCCCCUCCUAACUAUGAGCUGGCUCCGUCCCUGGUGGAUAUUGUGCCCUUCAUAUUAUUUACUAGCAGCGAGCGAACGUACAUCUAGGGGUGGCGGUUCGGUUAUUUCGGUUAUAACCGAUAAUCGAUCGGCCGGUUAAUGGUUAACCGAAAUAACCACUCCCCCUUAACAAAAACUGCCCGAAAUAGACUUCGGUUAUCUCGAUUAUCGGUUAACCGAAUCACUUUUAAGAUAAAAAAAUCAUUUCAUCCAUCCAUCGAUAACCGAUCGAAAUUCGGUUACUUCGGUUAUCGGUUAGUGGAUAACCGGUAACCGAGCGGCCAAAAGGCUGUAAUUGACGAGCUACAAAUUCUCACUAUUCCUCAGAACUAGUAGUCGGCCCGCAAACGGGCCCACUUUACAAGAGCCCAGCCCAAGAAUUUAGGUCCCCUUGUAUUUGCAGCCCAGCCAACUUGAGAUGCAUAUCACGAGAUCUUUGUUUCAGUUACGGUCAACUCUAGUGGCUUACCCUGUACAACGGUCCGGUCCAAUACUGAUCCGAUUAAAUUAUAAGAAGUGCGGUCCAAUAGUAAAAAAUUAUUUUAUUGAAUAAAAACAAUUGGAUCAUUAUUACAUUUUGUUCCAUUCAGAUAUCAAGUCAAUUUUCUUUUUUUUCCUACCGUUUUUUAUGAAAUUUCGUCCAACCAAAGAUUGGAUCGCAUUAUAUUUGUGCUCUAUCAGAUGAGUUCGUGUAUUCUUCUUUUGGCAGGCCGACAUGUCAUUCUCCAUCUUUUCAUUUUGCAUGUCUUAUGGUAAUUCCGGUUGGUUCUCUUUUCUUUAAUUUCCCUAUACAUCUUAUCAUGUUAAAGAUAUGAAGCUGAGGACUUGAUUGUAAACUUUGAAAUAGUUAAUCGUAAUGUUGUAAUAGUUAUCAUAGGACUGUAAUGUAAAAUUUACAUAUUUUCUGUACUGCUUUGGACUUUCAGCCUCUGUACUGAUAGGAUUGGAAUUCAAACCAGUAAGCUAUGAUACCAGGAUAGAUAAUCGAAACUAAAAAGUAACAUGUAUCACUCUCAUCCAAAAAAUAAUUGAAAUUAGAUCGAAUGAAGAAAUAAUCGACCCUUACACAAAGAACACACAUGGAUUACGAUGGUUUCUUUGUUCAGAAUGAACCAAACUAUUCCAU